GGAGCGCCGCCCGCGGCCCGAGCCGGUCCCGAGCCGCCGGUCCGCCGGGCUGAGUCUGUAGGCGCCGUAUUCGUGGGCGCCUCGCCCGGCCGGGCCCAUGUGCGCGCGGCCCGCCCCAGGCCGCCCGGGCUUCGCCUCCGCCCGCGCCCUGGCCUCCACCCGGGCCUCCGAGGAGCCGCCGCGACGCCCGGCCCGCGGGGCAGGUGAAGAGAUUAUAAGUCUACUGAAUGAAAAAAUUUUUCUUAAAGUUGCAUAUACUCCAAGAGAAAAUCCCAAAUGUUUUUAUAUUUUGCCUAAAUACAAAAUUUAAACAAGGAGUUUCCCCAGAAGUCAGGAGACUGAGGAGAAAGCGUGCCAGCCCCUGUUCUGGGCUCCUCAUGGGGUAGCUCAGUUCAGCCUCACAGCAGCUCUACGUGGACGGCGCUCCUGGUCCCCCAUUUACAGCUCUGUGGCCGUCACCAUGUUCUGGAAGUUUGACUUGAGCACCACGUCCCACGUCGACAAGCUGCUGGAUAAGGAGGACGUGACGCUGCGAGAGUUAAUGGAUGAAGAUGACAUCUUGCAGGAGUGCAAGGCCCAGAACCGGAAGCUGCUGGACUUCCUGUGCAGGCAGCAGAGCAUGGAGGAGCUGGUGAGCCUCGUCACACAGGACCCGGCCCUGGGCGUGGAAGAGAAGGUCCGCUUCAAGUACCCAAACACAGCCUGUGAGCUGCUGACGUGUGACGUGCCGCAGAUCAGUGACAGGCUGGGAGGGGACGAGACUUUGCUCAACCUUCUUUACGACUUCUUGAACCGUGAGCCGCCUCUCAAUCCUCUCCUCGCCAGUUUUUUCAGCAAGACCAUUGGCAGUCUCAUCGCCAGAAGAACUGCACAGGUGAUUGUGUUCUUGAGGAAGAAGGACAAGUUCAUCAGCCUGCUGUUGAAGCACAUCGGCACCUCGGCCCUCAUGGACCUGCUGCUGCGCCUGGUCAGCUGCGUAGAGCCCGCCGGGCUCCGGCAGGAGGUCCUGCAUUGGCUUAAUGAAGAGAAGCUCAUCCAGAGGCUCGUGGAAUUGAUCCACCCGAGUCAGGAUGAAGAUAGGCAGUCCAACGCUUCGCAGACGCUCUGCGACAUCGUCAGGCUGGGCAGGGAGCAGGGCAGCCCGCUGCAGGAAGCUCCAGAGCCAGACCCCCUCCUCACGGCGCUGGAGUCGCAGGACUGCGUGGAACGGCUGCUGAGGAACAUGUUUGACGGAGCCCAGACCGAGCUCUGCCUCGUCAGCGGGACCCAGGUGCUACUGACCUUGCUUGAGCCCCGGCGGGCGGGUCCUGUCUCUCAGCCGAGGAGUGGGGUCGACAGUGAAGGUUUUCAAGGUGGGAGGAGGGAGCAGAGCUGCUUCGAGGGUGUGACGCCCACAGCCCGUCAGGGCCAUCACCUGGGCACGGCCCCCACCCCCAUACGGAUGGAGGGCUUGCUGGACUCCUGCUCUCAGGGACUGGACAGGCUGUGUGCCGUCAGCUCCGGCGUCCUGCGCGGCAUCGAGCCACGGCUGAAGGACUUCCACCAGCUUCUGCUCAGCCCACCAAAGAAAGCAGCGAUCCUGACCACCAUUGGCGUGCUGGAGGAGCCCCUGGGUAACGCCCGCCUGCACGGAGCUCGCCUCGUGGCCGCCCUGCUGCACACGAACACGCCCAGCAUCAACCAGGAGCUCUGCCGGCUCAAUACCAUGGGCUUGCUGCUGGACCUGUUUGUUAAGUAUGCCUGGAAUAACUUCCUGCACUUCCAAGUGGAGCUGUGCAUAGCCGCCAUCCUGUCCCACUCUGCCCGGGAGGACAGGGCCGUGGCCAGCGGACCUGAGGGCGCGGUGGAGCCUCUGCCUUCCAGCGGGGACCCAGAGACCCCCCAGCCUGCCGCCAGCCGCCCUGAGAGCACAAUGGUGACCCACCUGUUCCAGAAGUGUUGCCUGGUCCAGAGGAUCCUGGAGGCCUGGGAAGCCAAUGACCACACACAGGCAGCGGGUGGCAUGAGGCGCGGGAACAUGGGCCAUCUCACCCGGAUCGCCAACGCAGUGGUGCAGAGCCUGGAGGGGGGCCCCGUGCAGACCCAGGUCAGCGAGGUCCUCCGAGGGCUCCCCUCGGAUUGCCGCGGGCGCUGGGAGAGCUUUGUGGAGGAGACGCUGACGGAGGCCAACCGCAGGAACGCGGUGGACCUGGUUAGCACGCACCAUCUUCACCCCUCGAGUGAGGACGAGGACAUGGAGGGCGUUUUCCCUAACGAGCUGUCCCUUCAGCAGGCUUUCUCCGAGUACCAGGUCCAGCAGAUGACGGCCACCUUCGUGGACCAGUUUGGCUUCAGCGACGAGGAGUUUGCUGAGCAGGACGACAGCGUCAACGCCCCAUUUGACAGGAUAGCGGAGAUCAACUUCAGCGUCGACGCUGACGAGGACAGCCCCGGUGCCGCUCUGUUUGAGGCCUGCUGCAGUGACCACAUCCAGCCUUUUGACGAGGACGACGACCUCUGGGAGGACGAGGAGACACACUGUGUGGCCCGAGUGACCAGAGCCAGGUUCGGGGGCCCUCACGCUUCAGAGAGCUGCCGGAAGGACGGCCUGGAGCACCGAGGCCAAGGUGGGGAGGAGAGCUCGGAAGCAGACGGGGCUCGGGCGGGCGCCCCUCGGGCUGCCGUCCAGGAGGAAGGUCCUCGUGUUGAGGGUGGCUCAGAAGCAGGCGCCCCCUGGACGGUGUCUGAUGAGCCAGUGAAUUCCACGGCCUCAGGCCUGGCCCCGGCAGUGGCGAUGGACGUGGGUUCCAGUGUGUGGGCGGCCAGCGCGCCCAGCGCCUCGGCUGCGGAGGAGAGAGGCUGGGCCAAGUUUGCCGACUUCCAGCCUUUCUGCUGCUCUGAGUCGGGGCCCAGGUGCAGCUCCCCUGUGGACAGAGGUCACGGCGAUGCCCAGGGUGGCCUGAACCGGGGCCCAGAGAGAACCCCUGGCCCGGCCACUCUGGGUGCCUGGAACGCAUGUGUUGCCAGGAAGGCGCCCCUGGUGGCCUCCAGCAGCCGAGAGGACAAGCAGAAGGUGGCUUUGGCCUCGGAGGCUGUGAGGAUGGGUCCCGGUCGGGAGGCUCCCCCGCCGCCAGUGUUAGUCCCCAGGUCUGAGUGCGCCACCAGCACGCCUCCAGACCUGGCCUCCCUUGCGCCUGUGGAAGUGACCUCUGCCCCAGUCGGGGCCGUCCUCCCCGAGGCUGCCGUGGCGGCCACCACAGUACCGGGCAACACCGGCCCCGCCUCAGCCACCCCGGCAGUCUCUCCUGUGCUGGCCGUGGCCGUCACCCCUGCAGCCCCAGCUGUCUCCACCGCGGCCACCCUGGGGACGGUGACAAAGGACAGGCAGACUGACGGGCCUCCGCCCGCGGGAGCUGCCUUAAAUGGCCUCGUGUGAUGCUGCCGCCCGCCCAGCCUUGGCGCCCCAACCAAGAAGACUACCUGGUGACGCAGUUUGUCUUUUUUAAUUUAACUUAAUUUAAUUUUAAAAUAAAUGCUGCAUUGGUAAAGCUGGCAGUUGGAACCAGUCAGACGGCCCAGCCUGCAUUUCUCCUGCCUGACUCUGGGUGGGCCUUGAGGGUCCAGCCCCACACACAGCAAUAAGGCCUCAGACGGGGGCUCUGCCUGCGCCACAGGCUCUGAGCCUGUUUUUAUACGUUUUUUAACAAACGCGGAGAGAGCCACGUGUUUGCACUUUUUAAUCUAGCGCAGGAGAGGGUCUCCGAGGCUCUGGGGACAAAUGUGGGUCUGGAACUGGACUGGCCAGACGGGGUUUUAGCUGCCCGGUGGCCCUGGGAGCUGGCCUUGAGCCAGCCUGCAAACGUGACUGCCUUAAAAAAAACAAGCCCCCCGCGGCCUGGCAGGCUGUCCGCAGUGGGCAGUGGGGGGGGGGGUGCCUGGCAGGAGCUGGCCACGGGCGUGCAGGACGGGGUGCAGAGGGCCCAGCAGUGCCUGGGCAUGGGGGGCUACCCUGCGCCUGCCGGGGAGGGCGGGGUAUCUCAUGUUAUUGUUCUGAUGAUCUGACAGGGCACCCAGACCCCACGACUCCCAAUAAAAGUUGUUAUUCUCACCGACAGACCCGCGUAUUGUUACGCUGCGGGCCCUGGAGCCCCAACCUGGCUGGCAGCGGGGGUCGUCUGCUGCUCCCGGGCCCGUCUUUGAGUCAACUCCUGAGUAAAGACUGAGCUCUUUCUUU